AUAAUACUGCCAGAAUUUUAACCAGAAAGAAUGGAUUCAACAGGCACGAAAUCAGUACUUAUCUCCUGCCUGUGGUGAUAUCAGACAAUGACUACCCGAUUCAGAGCAGCACCGGCACGCUGACCAUCCGCGUGUGCGCCUGUGACGGCCAAGGCAACAUGCAGUCCUGCAGCGCAGAAGCCUUGCUGCUCCCCGCCGGCCUCAGCACCGGGGCCCUGGUCGCCAUUCUCCUCUGCAUCGUCAUUCUGCUGGUUAUAGUAGUACUGUUUGCAGCUCUGAAAAGACAGCGGAAAAAAGAGCCUCUGAUCUUGUCUAAAGAAGAUAUCAGAGACAACAUCGUGAGCUACAAUGACGAAGGCGGAGGAGAGGAGGACACCCAGGCCUUUGAUAUCGGCACCCUGAGGAAUCCUGCAGCGAUUGAGGACAAGAAGCUCCGGCGAGACAUUAUUCCGGAAACGUUAUUUAUACCCCGGAGGACUCCUACAGCCCCAGAUAACACAGAUGUCCGGGAUUUCAUUAACGAAAGGCUGAAGGAGCACGACCUUGACCCCACUGCACCGCCCUACGACUCACUGGCUACCUAUGCCUACGAAGGGAACGAUUCCAUAGCCGAGUCUCUGAGUUCCUUGGAAUCAGGUACCACUGAUGGAGACCAAAACUACGAUUACCUCCGAGAAUGGGGCCCCCGGUUUAAUAAGCUGGCGGAAAUGUACGGUGGCGGAGAAAGUGACAAAGACUGUUAACCUAGGAAACUGUUCUGUUCACACAAGAGGAAGUCACUUUACCACAGCGUCUCCACUUCACAAUAUUUGAGAUUCAGGAUGAUUUUUCUGCCACACAGCACCUUUUUCCUCUCCAUUUACUUUUUAAUUUGUCCAUUAAUUACAUUAAUUAUCUCCUGUAGGACGUCUCAUGGAAUAUAUAUGACAUUUUAUUUAAUCACUUCCAAGAGCCAAAGCUAUGGAAAUUCAGUGUUGUCCAUCUUAGCAAAUAAAAGAUAAUUUCAGAAACAUGAACAGGAUAGUUUUUCCCGUAAGCAACCUCACAACCUAGCCGCUUCUGUUACAUACAUGCCCUGCCCUUGAAAAUGAAGCUUUGAAAAGGUGAAGGAAAAUUUUAAAGUAUAUCCUGUUCUGUACAUUAAAUUAAAAAAAAAGAAAAAAGUACAUGUGUUGUUAGUAGGUGUGAUAUGCAUCCUGGUAUACAAACGUUUGUGCAAUUUCAUUUCAUCAAAUUCUAUCUGCUAAUGUUUUAUAUUUAUAUUUUUGUAUUUAUUUUUUAAAAAAUAAACCAGUUUUUACAACUA